GUGACUGGCGGGAUCAAUUCCUUCGCUGUUCGUUUGAGCGUCAGGUGCCGUUCAGAAGUUCGUCCUCAGUGCAGGUCAACAGCUGUUAAAAUCAUGUCUGCUUUUCUGCAUCACUGCCCCUUCUUGAAGUCCACUCCAGGCCCUUCUCUAAGGAAUGUGGCAGCGUACUUUGGAUUGGCUGACCGAUGUCCGAUCAUUGUCCGCCAGAUCUCUGUAAAAGCCACCCAGUCCUCUGAGGAAAAAGGCCUCCUCUCUCAUAAGGAGCCAAGGCGGCAGUUGGCGACCACAGCCACUCAGGUGGCGAUCUCCAUGUCCCAGAGCUGUCCCUUUAUUUCCUCUAAGAUUGGACUAGUUAAAGCCAGUCCACAAGUGCAGGAGGAUGUCCAGCCCAAUCUUGAGAAUCAAGAUAACUCUGGCUUGAUGAGCUCGCUGUUCCGUGGCUUGCAAAGUCAUCAGUCCACUGGUCCUACACACCUUCUUGAAGACAACUUUACCAGACCCAGUUUCAACUACGAUGACUUCUUCACUCAGAAGAUUGUGGAAAAGAAGAAUGACCAUACUUACCGUAUCUUUAAGACGGUGAACCGUUUUGCAGAGGUUUUCCCUUUUGCUGAGGACUAUUCCAUCCCUGGACGCUUGGGCUCCCAGGUGUCUGUAUGGUGCAGUAAUGAUUACCUGGGCAUGAGUCGACAUCCCCACAUUGUCAAGGCCAUAGGAGAGGCUUUGCAGAAGCAUGGUGCAGGAGCAGGUGGCACCCGAAAUAUCUCUGGGACGAGUAACUAUCAUGUGGCCCUGGAGAGUGAACUGGCCCAUCUACACCAGAAAGAUGGAGCACUGGUCUUUUCUUCCUGCUUUGUAGCCAAUGAUUCCACCCUCUUUACUUUGGCUAAAAUGCUCCCAGGCUGUGAGAUCUACUCAGACAUGGGUAAUCAUGCCUCCAUGAUCCAGGGCAUCAGGAACAGUGGGGCCAAACGCUUCAUUUUCCGACACAAUGAUGCCAGUCAUCUGGAGGAGCUGCUCUGCCGCUCAGAUCCACUCACACCCAAAAUCGUGGCUUUUGAGACUGUUCAUUCAAUGGAUGGUGCAAUUUGCCCUCUAGAAGAGCUAUGUGACAUAGCACAUAAAUAUGGAGCUCUGACUUUUGUGGACGAGGUCCAUGCUGUCGGACUGUAUGGGGCUCACGGAGCAGGUGUAGGAGAGAGAGACAACGUCAUGCACAAGAUCGAUAUUGUCUCUGGAACUCUGGGUAAGGCAUUUGGCUGUGUGGGUGGUUACAUAGCCAGCACUGCCGCCCUGGUGGACACUGUGCGCUCCUACGCUGCCGGUUUCAUCUUCACUACCUCCUUGCCUCCCAUGGUGCUGGCGGGGGCUCUGGAAUCGGUGCGUGUGCUGAAGAGCCCAGAAGGCCAAGCUUUGCGCAGAGCCCAUCAGAGAAACGUCAAACACAUGAGACAGCUGCUGCUGGACGCUGGACUGCCUGUGGUCAAGUGCCCUAGCCACAUCAUUCCCAUUCGGAAACUGUUGGAAGUCUGGCAGGAGGUUGGACUGCCGCUAAAUGGACCAGCUAUGGUCUCCUGCACCUUCUGUGAUCGGCCUCUUUAUUUUGACCUCAUGAGCGAGUGGGAGAAGUCCUACUUUGGGAACAUGGAGCCGAGAUACAUCACUGUGGCUGCACAGUGAGUCAGUAUCAGCAGACCAAGAUGAAGAUCUGUUUUAUCAGCACUGAAUAUUUAAAGCACUGUUUGUGGCAAUAUGUGAUACAAUAGUAUUUCUGUAUUGUUUGCUGUGACUGUUAAUGAUAAAAAAGAGAAUUUGUUUUCACAUAUUCGUAUAAAUGUACCACUAAAUUUAGUUAUUGAGACUUUGGCUAAAUUAUACAUUAAUUGUGUGUCCCCUCUGCAUGAUGACAAACCAGCACAUGGGCACUUUUUGGUAGUUUUCUGUUAUUGGUAUUAUUGUAUGUAUAUGUAUGCAUGCAAGAGUAUAUUUAAUAACAGCUUACACUAAAACUAUGCCACAUGCUGUCUUCCUGUUUUGGACCAUUUGCACUCAAAUUGAUGAAUGUAAAAAUGCAAUAAA